AUGCUCAAUGACCUCGGCCCUGAGCUCUUCCGCAACCGGCCGCAGCCCCUGCGCACGCUCUACACGGCCGUCCUGGCGGUUGCGAUCUACAACAGCCUGGAGCUCGUCCUGCUCAUCUUCAUGACCUUCAGCAAGUAUGAGGGCCUCUACUUCUGGAGCCUGCUGCUGGCGACCGUCCCCGGAGUGCUAAUGGACGCCGUCUUCUUGCUCAUGUACUACUACAUGCAGCUGCCGCCCGCGGUCGCCUUCGCCUUUGCCAGCAUCGGCUGGUGUUUCAUGAUAACCGGACAGGCGCUGGUCCUGUAUUCUCGUCUCCACAUGGUGCUACAUAACCGAUUGGGGUUGCGACUCGUGCUGGCCUUGAUUGUCCUCAGUGCCAUCUUCUUCCAUAUUCCCGACAUCGUCACCGGGUUCGGCUCUAUCGUCCCCAAUCCAGCUCGACCCCAGUUCGUCCGCGCCUUUCACAUUAUGGAGAAAAUCCAAUUGACCGGGUUCUCGGUGCAGCAGUUCAUCCUCUCGGGGCUGUACCUGUAUCUCGCUACCAACCUGCUCGCCUUUGUGUCCGCAAAGGCCCGUCGAAAGGAGCUGCACCGGCUGAUCGCAAUGAACGUCACAAUCAUCAUCAUGGACGUCGCCCUCGUCGUCUUCGUGUACUUGAACUGGUGGGUGGCGCACGAGUCGCUCAAGCCGUUUGUCUACAGCAUCAAGCUGAAGCUCGAAUUCGCCGUGCUGCGGACUCUGGUCUCCAUGUCCAAGUCGGCAUCUGCUAACUUGCCGGAUUUCGUCGAUCCCGAUCGGCUCGAAGGGGAUGUCAGGUACGCCCCAUCGAUCCCAAUGUCUCGGGUGCGACGGCAUCGACACCCGCAUCGGACGGACUCAAUGCUUUCAGACGAGGUCGGAUGGGACCAGACCAGUACAGCGCACACGACCAGCUCGAGUCUGGAGCGCUUCAGUGCCGCCGAACACGCCGAGGACGAGACUCCUCUCCAGUCCAACAACAACAUGUAUGUUUUCAAUAAGCGAUCAAAAACAUACCCGUGA